UCAAGUGUUGCGUUCAGUUGCGUUGUUUCCCGGAACAUUAGUAGUGGUUCGGCCGCGUUUACAGCUAGCGCACUAAAACACACCACACACGGGUUAACCUUUCUAUUGCAGGAUGACGGGAAUCUUUGAACAUCUUACACCCGGGUUGGAAACGGGUCCACCGGAAAAACCGCCACCAUACACCCAUGCGAUAGACGUACCCGUACUCGGUUCGGCGGAGCCAACCGGCACCCCAGAUCGUACCAACUGUCUACGUGCGGCCUAUACGGAUCUACGCAAUAUGAACCGUGGUGCCAUACGGAACCGCUUGCGGCUAGUGCAGCUGCUACUGACGAUCGGUGCGUUGAGCUUCACCCGUCCGCAGUACAACGAUGUGUUCCAGUGGACGACUCUGAUUGUGCUUUGUCACUCGUUCGUGAUUUCGUUCGUGCUGUUCUGGGACCGGCGAUGCAGUGGAACGAUUGUCCGGAGCCAGCUGCCCCUGCUUAACUGGCGCCGGCUGGAACUGCAAUAUACCGCUGGUGUAACGCUCGUGCUGUACGUGCUCUCAUACACCCUCAUAUUUGCCGACAAGGGCUACCGUGGGACUGCAGCGUUCAACUGGAUAUCCACCGUGAUGUCAAUGUUGACCGCGCUGGUAUACGGUGGCGAAACAUGGUUACAGCUCCGUGACAUCUACGAUGGCCGCUCUAAUCCACAAUAGAUCCGGUGGUACGCGAUUAUUAACUUUGUUUCUGGUGAAAAAAAAAACACAGAAACAAAACGUCAACAAAGAAGUGGGGUGCACAAACAUUACACACCAACACACCGACGCCAGAAUUUCGAUGCGGUUACACCAGUUGUACCGAAUGUGUUCUUCUAACUUUCACGCGAAGCUUUUAUUAACAUUACAUCCUACCGCCAUCUAGCGGUAAACUAUAUGUACUUUGCUGUUGCCGCACGCACACGCGUGCUAAAUGCAAUAAAUUUUCUUAUUCGUUGUUUGUGU